AUGUGGGCGUAUUCUGGUUGUAUCACAAUAGGUGAGGAAUCCGUACUGGAGCAUACCACAAGCAAACAAGGAGCGUUUGCUGAAAAUCAGUGUAGCUCCCCAGAAUCGGCAGACUCUGCUGGCUCCGCUUCUUCUGCAGAGGUAGCAGAGCCCGAAGUUAACGAAGUUUGCGAAAACGAAGUUAACCAGCUGGUGGAAUCUCCUUUUGAAAUCGUCCACGACAACUCCUCCCAUGACAGAUUUAGCCCUGAGGUCAGCAGCAACGCAACUCAAGAUAUUGCAGCAGUUGAUAAUGGCUUCCCUGGAACUACAUGUCAACCGGCGAUGAACGCAACCAGUACUGCACGACCUGUGCUUUACACUUCGUGCCAAGAAGCAAUCCAGGGACGAAUUGCGGAGCUCGAACGUCUACAGGAAGCUACCGCGAGGAAACUGGCGCUCGCUAGGAAGAGGUAUCUUAAAAGCGAAGAAGAAAAGGAAGAAAUCAAGAAAAGGCUCAAAGGACUUUUUAAUGAUGACGAAAUGAGGUCGAUGAAACGACUGUUCGCGCAGGGAGCGCGAUGGGAAGCAGGCACACUCGUCAAAUCGCUGCAGCUGCGCCUGGCGUGCGGUUCCCAAGGAUACGGACUCCUGAGGGAGUUCGGAUAUCCACUCCCGUCGGACCUGCGCAAGCACUUCCCAUAUCAUCUGCAGCAGCCAUUUAGGGACAUUGUGAUCAAAUCGGGAGGCAUCGAUCGCUGA